GGUACAAUUAUUUCGUUCCAUUUUCGGACCUGAAUCGAGUGACGUUUCAGAUGUUGCAGUUCAGUGCGUUAUGUCCUGCCUAGUGUGAUGUAGUAGUCGUUUUCGUGGCUAUUUCUUGGUAGGCGCGGCUUGCAGUUUCUUAACGAGUCCUGUGCUGGUGGGCCAGGCUACACCACCGUAGGCUGGACUCAUCUGUCAAAUGAACGUCAGUCCAAGCAGGGCUUGUUGGCAGGGUGCCUCGUCCAAACUGAGGUGAACUGCUAUAGCUCGUAAUAGGACAAAUGAACAUCAUGCGUAAAUGGUGGGGGUCUGGGGGCCGGAUGGGCAGUGUAGGAGACUGCGGGGAUCCUGUGAAUUCACAGGCAGCCCAAAAGCAUCUAGCCUUGGGUCUCAUGCACUUGAAGAAACUGUUCAGUGAAUAUUCAUACCCCACUCAUCCGUUAUCUGAACCUGAAAAAGAGGAUAAACUGUACAAUAUGCUCCCACUUUUCUGUAAGGUAUUUGGAUCAAGCCCAACAUGUGAUCUUCAAGAGAAAUUUGCCGAUGUCUUACCCUUCACACAACAUGUCAGUAAACUCAUGGUAACAGAAAUAAGAAGGCGUGCCUCCAAUCAAUCAACUGAAGCUGCAUCUUGUGCCAUAGUACGAUUCCUGGAGAUUGAGAGCUGUGAAGAAAGCAGUAAUGGAUGGAUGUUACUCUCAGCCCUUAAUCUCCUGGCUGCUGGACCACCCACACUUAUAGAGGUCAUGACUGCAGCUUCACUGCCAUCAACGUUAGUCAAGUGCUUAUACCUAUUUUUUGACCUGCCCGAAGAUGAAAGUCCAGCUGCUAAUGUAGCGGAUCAAGCUGAUAAUAAUGCCACAGAAUUUUCCUCUAGUGAAAGAAGAAUAUUACUUCAAAAAGUUUUUGUACAGUUAAUGGUUCGACUAUGUUCUCACGUUGCCCCUGCUGAAGAAUUGGCAAGAAAAGAUGACUUGACAUUGCUCUUCUCAGCUAUAACCUCAUGGUGCCCACAACACAAUGCUCUUUGGCGUAAAAGUGCAGCUGAAGUGUUAAUGACUUUGUCUAGGCAUGGACUUUCACAGCCUGUUGUCAGUUAUAUUCACAAGCAUAUAUUAGAAGACAGUGAGGUAGACAAUGGACUCGAACACCUUUUUAGUCUUGAAUCCUUGGGAAUAAAAAAGUGUGAAAAAGAAUUGGUCUCCUUUGAUAAAGAACAAAUUGACAGAUUUAGAGAGGGGAUCUCUUUUGAUAAUGGAUUUUAUCAUGUAGAAUUGCCCUGGUAUACUGAUAAAAUUGACAGCGUCCCAUCUAAUCAUUUUGUUUCACUUAAGGUAUUAGACAGAACAGUAGAGUAUCUUGGUAAAAAGGGUCUCAUUGACAAAUACCAGGAAGUUUUUUGA